UGGGCUGGUGGGUGUUUAUGAUGAUCUCCAACAUUCAGGACAACUCCCUCUGUGCUCCACACACACACACAGACACACACACACCGGGACCCACCGACAGAGACCCUCGGAGUAGUGCGGACAGUGAUCGACCUCUGAGAUGUGGAUCCUUCAUCUCGCGAUACUUUUGGCCGUGGGAUGGCGGGCCGGGGCGAUGCUCCCCGACUUCGGGGAGGGCUGCACCGUGGGGAGCUGCUACCCCGCCACGGGGGACCUACUCAUCGGCCGCGAGGACAAGCUCAGCGUCUCCUCCACCUGCGGCCUGGAGGAACCCGAGCGCUACUGCAUUGUGGGACAUCUCGAGGGGGAGAAGAAGUGCUUCACGUGUGACUCGAAGCACAUGUAUGACGAGCGACUGCACCCCGACAGCCACACCAUCGAGAACCUGGUCACCACCUUCGCCAGCAACCGGCUGAAGACCUGGUGGCAGUCGGAAAACAAUAUGGAGAAUGUCACCAUACAGCUGGACCUGGAAGCCGAGUUCCACUUUACGCAUCUGAUUAUGACCUUCAGGACGUUCCGGCCGGCCGCCAUGGUGAUCGAGCGCUCCAUGAACUUCGGGAAGACGUGGCAGGUGUACCGCUACUUCGGCAACAAAUGCCAGAAGGCGUUCCCGGGCGUCUCCCAGGGGCCCAUGGUCGACGUGGACGACGUCAUCUGCGACUCGCGCUACUCCGAAAUCGAGCCCUCGACCGAGGGAGAGGUGAUUUUCCGAGUGUUGGACCCUGCCUAUGAAAUCGAGGACCCCUACAGCCCUAGGAUUCAAAACCUGCUGAAGAUCACCAACCUGCGUGUGCGCUUCUCCAAGCUCCACACGCUGGGCGACAACCUGCUUGACCACCGCGACGAGGUCACCCAGAAGUACUACUACGCCCUCUACGACAUGGUCGUCCGCGGCAACUGCUUCUGCUACGGGCACGCCGCCAAGUGCGCCCCGAUGGAGGGGGCGCGCGAGGGCGUGGAGGGCAUGGUGCACGGUCGCUGUGUGUGUGAACACUACACUGAGGGUCUGAACUGCGAGCGCUGCCAGGACUUCUACCACGAGCUGCCCUGGAGGCCCGCCCUGGGGUACAACACCAACGCCUGCAAGAGGUGUGAGUGUAACCACCACUCGUCCGCGUGCCACUUCGACAUGGCGGUGUACGUCUCCACGGGCAACAUGAGCGGCGGCGUGUGCGAGGCGUGCCUCCACAACACCGACGGACGCCAGUGCGAGCAGUGCCGCCCCUUCUUCUACCAGCACCCCAGCCGAGACCUGAGGGACCCCCACAUCUGCGAGCCGUGUAACUGCGACCCGGAGGGCUCCCUGCAGGGGGGCAUGUGUGACGGCCGCACCGACGUCAGCGCGGGGCUGAUCUCUGGUCAGUGCCGCUGUAAGGCCAGCGUGGAGGGGGAGCGCUGUGACCACUGCCGACAGGGACACUACGGCCUGGGACAGGGGGACAGCGGCUGCCUGCCGUGCACCUGCAACGCGCUGGGCACGUUGCCGGGGGGAACGCCCUGCGACAUGCACUCGGGGAAGUGCUUCUGCAAGAGGCUGGUCGACGGGGACCACUGCGACCUCUGUCUGCCACAACACUGGGGCUUGUCCAAUGACAUGGACGGCUGCAGAGCAUGUGACUGCGACCAGGGCGGGGCUAUCCACAACAAUUGUAACCAGCACACAGGGCAGUGUGAGUGCCAGGAGCACAUGUCAGGGCGGCGCUGCGACCAGGUGGACUCCGGCUUCUACUUCAUCGCCCUGGACCACUACACCUACGAGGCCGAGGACGCCGCGCACGGACCCGGCGUCACGGUGGUCCCUCGCCCGUCCCCAUUGGACCGGAGCCCUACCUGGACAGGUGUGGGCUUCGUCAACGUUCCGGAGGGCGCCUUCCUGGAGUUCACCAUCGACAACGUCCCCGAGUCCAUGGACUACGACCUGCUCAUCCGCUACGAGCCCCAGCUCCCGGAGGAGUGGGAGAACGUGAGGAUCCAGGUGGACCGGCCGGACCCCAGCCUCCUGGAGACCACCAGCCACUGCGGCACCUCCGACUACCUGCAGAGCGGCGACGAGCAGACCGUCGCCCUGUCCCCCGGCUCCAGGCACGUGGAGCUGGGCUGGCCCGUGUGUUUGGAGCAGGGCCUCAACUACACCGUGCGCCUCACCCUGCCUCACUACUCAGCGCACGCACAAGUACACAAGCCCCACACCCUCAUAGACUCGCUGGUGCUGAUGCCGCGGGUUCAGGAGCUGAACCUGUUCGAGGGCUCGGAGGGGGAGGCGGCCUGGGACACCUUCCAGAGGUACCGCUGUCUGGAGAGCAGCCAGAGCGUGGUGAAGAGCCCCGCCACCGACAUCUGCGACGACUACAUCUUCAGCGUGUCGGCGCUGCUGCACCAGGGCGCCAUGGCCUGUCAGUGCGACCCCCAGGGGGCCCGGUCAGCCGUGUGCGACCCCAGCGGGGGUCAGUGCCAGUGCCGGCCCAACGUCGUCGGGCGCAACUGCGAGCACUGCUCCCCGGCCACCUUCCUGUUCGGCCCUGACGGCUGCAGACCGUGCGAGUGCGACCCUCGCGGCUCGGCCCACGCCUUCUGCCACGAGGCCACGGGGCAGUGCGCAUGCGUUGCCGGGGCGACGGGGCGGCAGUGCUCCGGCUGCCUGCCGGGUCACUGGGGCUUCCCCCACUGCCGGCCGUGCCACUGCAACGGGCACAGCGCCCACUGCAGCGCCCACAGCGGGGAGUGCCUGGACUGCAGGGAGAACACCGCCGGGCACAACUGUGAGAGGUGCCUGGUUGGUUACCACGGCGACCCCGCGCUGGGGUCCGGCGGGAACUGCCGCCCGUGCAUGUGUCCCGACGGGCCGGGCAGCCGGCGGCAGCACGCCGACGGCUGCUACCACCACCACGACCAGGACCUGAUGGUGUGUGCCUGCAGGCCGGGAUACAAAGGCGUCAGGUGCGAGGAGUGCGCCCCCGGUCACUACGGCGACCCCCAGGUCCCGGGGGGCCGCUGCAUGCCCUGCCAGUGCAGCGCCAACAUCGACCUGCAGGACCCCGGCGCGUGCGACGCGCGCUCGGGGGCGUGCCUCCACUGCCUGCACCACACCGAGGGUCCCGCCUGCGACCGCUGCCGCGCCGGCUACCACGGCAACGCCGCCACCCAGAGCUGCAGGAAGUGCAUGUGUGAGCCUCUGGGCUCUGCGGCGGGGGCCUGCCCUGCCGAGGGGGGGUGCCAGUGCGACCGCCGGACGGGCCAGUGCCCGUGCCGGCCCAGCGUCCUGGGCCAGAGCUGCGACCGCUGCGCCCCCGACACCUGGGGCCUGGGCGGGGGGGAGGGCUGCCAGAGCUGCGACUGCGAGCCCGGCCACGCCUUCGGGCCCUCCUGUGAUGUGCUGACAGGACAGUGCUCGUGUAAACCAGGCUUCGGUGGGAGGACGUGUCGGGAGUGCAGAGAUCUGUUCUGGGGGGAUCCCAAGGUCAAAUGUCACGCCUGCGCCUGCGACCCUCGCGGCAUCACGGGCGAGCAGUGCCACCGCGCCUCCGGCCAGUGCCCCUGCGUGGCGGGCGUCUCGGGCCCCCGCUGCGACCAGUGCGCCCGCGGCUCCAGCGGCGCGUUCCCCGCCUGCGAGCCGUGCCACGGCUGCUUCGCCCUGUGGGACGUCGCGGUGGGCGAGCUGACCAACCAGACGCGGGCUCUGAGCGGGCACGUGGCCGAGCUGCAGAGCGGGGGCGGGGCGGUGACGGCGCCGUACCGGGAGCUGGUCGGCCGCCUGGAGGCCAACGCCGCCGCCGUACGGGUCGUCCUGGAGGGGGACGGCGCCGUCGCGGCCCUGGACGAGGCCAGCGAGCUCAUGAACCACAUCCUCGGCGUGAUGUCAUACCUGAACGGGAUGCUCAACACCACCGACGGCGACCUGGGCAGUCUCCGGGACCAGGGCAACACCACCCGCGCCACCCUGGACCAGCUGACGGAGGAGGCGGGCGCCCUGGAGCGGACGGUGAAGGAGCUGAAGGAGCAGGUGUACAACGCCAAGAACUCCAACUUCCAGGGAGCGAUGGACACCAUCUCUCAGGCGCACUUGGACUCCACCAUGGCUGAGCUGCAGGUCAACUCCUCCACCAGUCACCCCGGCAACACCGUGGAGCAGUCGGCGGCCCUACGGAAAGCCACCGAGGACAAACUGAGCGGCUCCCAGAAGGAGUUUGAGCGCAAGGUGGAGAGGCAGACGCAGAAGCUGGACAAGCUGGACGCCUCGCUGGAGGAGAUGGACCUCUUGGAGCUCAGCGUGAAGACGUGCGGCGCUGUUGGGGGCAACGACGAGGCCUGCUCCGGGGCCCCCUGCGGGGGUCUGGGCUGCGUGGGGGAGGACGGGGCCCCCCGGUGCGGGGGCCAGACGGACUGUAAGGGCCUGGUGGCCGCCUCCGCCGCCGCCCACAAGUCGGCCCAAGACCUGGACCUGGAGAUCGUCUCCGCCAUGCAGGAGGUGGAGAAGCUGUCCCGCUUGGUGUUGGAUGCCAAGCUGCGUGCGGGCGAGGCCAAGGUGACCGCCCAGCAGGUACUGGUCAGAGCCAAUCAGAGCAAGGAGAGGGUGGAGCAGAGCAACGAGCAGCUGCGCGCGCUCAUCAGGGACAUACGAGACCUCCUGACCAACGGCAAGGCCAACGUGUCGGUGGUGGAGAUGGUGUCCAACGAGGUGCUGGCCAUGGAGCUGCCCACCUCGUCGUCCGAGCUGCAGAACAUGACCCGGGACAUCCGGGAGCGGGUCAGCUCUCUGACCAGCGUGGAGGGCGUCCUCAGCCAGAGCGCCGAGGACAUCGCCGCCGCUGAGAGGCUACUGCUGCAGGCCAAGGCCGCCAGUGAGGAGGCCUCCACCCUGAAGGAGACCAUCGACUUGGCCCGGGCGGCGCUGGAGGAGGCAGACAAGGCCCAGAACCUGGCCAGUGACGCCAUCCAGCAGGCCAUGCAGAACACCAACAGCACCAUGACCCUGCUACUCUCGGUGGAGUCGGCGACGGAGGCGUCGGAGUUCUCCCUGAGCAACGCCACGGGGCGCCUGCUGCAGCUGGAGCGGGAGGUCGGGCUGCUGAGGCAGAGCCACCUGGAGGCCAGCCGCACGGCCGCCGGCGCCACCGCCAGCAGCGAGCGGGCCAGCGAGGACGCAGAGCAGGCCCAGCAGGAGUUCGACGGGGCGGUGACGGAGCAGUACGGCCGAGCCCAGGAGCUGGUGGAGGAUAAGGGGGAGGUGGUGCUGGAGGCCAGACGGAGGGCAGACGCCCUGCAGACGGAGGCCAAGGAGCUGCUGGCCCAGAGCAGCGACAAGCUCCAGAGGCUACGAGAACUGGAGCGGUCCUACGAGGUGAACCAGCGCACCCUGGAGGACAAGGCGGAGGAGCUCGCCCUCCUGGAGCAGACUGUGCGCAAGGUGAUGGACGAGAUCAGCCACAAGGUCACGCUCUACAGCACCUGCCUCUGAUCGUCGCCAUGACGACCGCGGCGGCGGCGGGGCUCAGGCGCGCCCACGAUUCCGUCGAAUGCCUCGUUCGUUGCGGCCAUCUUCAAUUCGAGAUUACCACGAUGGAGCCAAGAUGGCCGCUAGGGGGAAGGAGGCCCAUAAUUGAAGUGUAAAAGGUUACAAUUUUUGUAUCCAUCGUAUAAGCUAGUUUAUUUUUUAUUUACAUGGCAAAGAAUGUUGCUCCUAAAUUGAAGACCAAUGGUUUGUAGCCAGACCAAGACAGGACUGUGGUGCCAUAAGUGUUAUAUUGACCUUAUUCUAAUUGCAAAAUGGACCAAUGAACACCAUAGGAAUGACCACUGAAAAAUAUAUAAUAUAUAGCACAGUAUGAUUGCACAUAUUCCAUCACGUUGUUUUUAAUAAACUCAACAAAAAUGUUGCAUGGACCAAAGAGAUUAUGCAGAUCAUUCCUGUAAUGGCUCUAUUAAAUUAACAAUUUCCAUUAAAUAAAACUAUGCUGCAUCUCAUUGUGUUUUUGGAUUUGUGACAUAACAAAAUGACAGACAUUCGAACAUGCUGGGAUGAAUUUCCACCUGGCCAUUUCAUAUCAACGUUCCAGUCUACACUAAGACACUUUUUUCAGUUCAGUUCGUGUCGACAAAAUAAACUUUGGGUCCACUGGCUUAAACACAUUGCAAUUCAAGACUUAUUGUCUUCAACAACAUCUAAACACAUGCAGUAAAACUGAAAACUCAAAGGAAAUGACGAAACAGAAAUAUUCAGUACCUUCAGAGGAGGGAAAUAAAACGGACAAUGGCUGUUUGGAGUCCAUUUAUUUCUGUAUAAACAAACCAGGUUGGGACCGCUUAAAAACUCAUUCAGUGU